AGACAACCAUCUGGAAGCACACACACACAUCCCCAGUUAACAAACUCAAAUGCCCUGCACGAUUCAAGACGCGUCUUGGAUAUCAGGGAACAAACGCACAAGGCUGAUGUUGUAACAGUUAUUGCUUGGAUUUAGCAAGACGUUGUAACAGAGAGGACGCGCACGUUAUUCUUGAUAACAUCUAGAGAUGUUUUGUAAAUAAAGGCAUCCUGUGAGCGGAGCUCGAGGCCUUUGAUUCCAGCAGCGCACUCACACAUCAUCUUCCGCGGUGGUCUCGAGCUUUAAACCGCCGCUGGGCUCAGCAGCCGCAGCACAACAAUAGCAGCAGCGAUACUGGGGCGUUGCUUAACGCGUCUUUUUAUUAUUAUACCUGAUACAGGAUGUAAGUUACGAAAACCUCUAUGCUUUAGAAACAUGGAGACCAAGACUCGGGAAUUGGUCUCCAUACUGUGAGCAAGUCCAACCACCCUCCAGUAGUUUCUCCAUCUUUUUCUCAAUUUACCCUAUGUGGGUGGAGGACAGGAUGACUUCUCACAUCCCGACUGUCCUGCUGCCUGUCUUGAUGGUUCUGAUACCUGCUACCUGGGCAGGAGACUGUAAGGGCCAAAGACAGAUUUUGCGGGGUGUCCCAGCAUAUGUCACAGAUGGACCGGGAAACUACUCUGUGAAUGGGAACUGCGAGUGGCUUAUCAAGGCUCCCAGCAGAAACCAUCGCAUUGUGCUUAACUUCACGUUUAUGGAGACCGAGUGCACCUAUGACUAUCUGUUUGUCUAUGAUGGUGAUUCCUACCAGAGCCCCCUACUGGCAAGUUUAAGUGGCACCACUCUACCACAACCAAUUGAGGCCAAGUCUGGUAAGAUGUUGCUCCAUCUCUUCAGCGACGCCAACUACAACCUGUUGGGCUUCAAUGCCACCUACACGUUUUCAGUUUGCCCUGGGGACUGCGGUGGUCACGGGCGCUGUGACGUAGCUACUGCCCGCUGUCAGUGUCAUCAAGGGUGGGGAGGAAUGGACUGCAGUACCUCUCUCUGCUCCCAGGUCUGCACACAACAUGGCCAUGGUCAUUGUGAUAAGAGGGGUGAGCAUUGUAUCUGCAGCCCUGGCUUUGUGGGACAGAACUGUCAGCUGGGUCUCCGGGACAACAGUGGCGCAGGGCAGUGGUGGGAGGUGAGCCCAGGUGAUGUUAAAGCAGUCCCUCGCACCGCCUCUGCUGGGGUUUACCUGGCUUCCACUGGAGCAAUGUACAUGUUCGGAGGGUUUGAUCUGAAUAGAGCACUGGAGGACCUUGUUGUUUACAAUUUUUCGACCAAUAAUUGGGAACGGAGAUCAUAUUUAUACAGUCCAGCUCCUCGACAUUCCCACACAGCAGUAGAAUGGCAAGGCAACAUGGUCAUCUAUGGCGGUGAGCUUGCCAACCACUCAUUGGCCAGUGAUGUCUGGGUGUACCGUGCACAGCAAGAUGACUGGCAGCAGCUAGGCCAAUCAAACGCUCCAGGGGCACCAAGGCUGGCAAAUCAUGCAGCAGCAAUAGUAGACAACUAUCUGUAUGUUUUUGGGGGAAGGACAGAGGAGGACAUGUUCUCCUCAUCACUGUACCGGUUCCGGUUGUGGGAUGGAGUGUGGGAAGCAGUUCAGCCUACAGGCGGAAAACCACCUGCUACUGCAGGGCACAGCAUGGUCUACCAUGCCCCUUCCAAAACACUGCUGGUAUACGGAGGACACAGACCUACCACAGCUAGGUUCAGUGUGCGUGUGAAUUCAACUGAUGCUUUCCAUGUUGAGAAACGGUUUUGGACAUCCUUCCGUUCACGUUUUCCUGCCAGUGGCCCAAGGGAGAGAGCAUUCCACUCUGCCACCAUCAUCGGCAACUACAUGGUGGUGUACGGAGGGAAUGUUCAUAUCCACUACAUGGAAGAGAAGUGCUAUGAUGAGGAGAUCUUUUUCUAUCAUCUUGGUUGCCAUCAGUGGGUGUCUGUUGGAGAGAACCUCAGUCAGCGAGGUGGGUCAGUGAGGGGCCGAUAUUCCCAUGUUGCUGCUGUCAUGGAGGGACGAGUGCUGCUAGUUGCUGGCGGUUACUGUGGGGUUGCCCGUGGUGACCUUGUGGCGUAUAAAGUACCGCUGUUUGUAAGCAGUGACCCAGGAGACAGGGACACAGUAUGCGCUGAAGCUCCAGAUGAAAGCUUGUGCCUCAAGAAUCCAGAGUGCAGUUGGUGUGAGGGUCGCUGCCGGGAGUACCAGCCCACCAACCCGUGUGGCAGCACGGGAUGUCUGGGCCUGGCUCGUUUUUUGUCGGACUGCCAGUCGUGUCUGGUGUUCAGUGGGGUGCCAAACUCUCUGCCACGAGUUUCUGGGGUAUUCGGCUGGUGUGUGCAGAAUGAGUCCUGCUUGCCUGUUUCAGAGCGCAGUGCAUGCCGCGUGGACCAGAUCUCUGGGGCGUACGGCUGGUGGGGGGAGCGCACGCGUUUCCUCACCUCCCUCCCCUCCUGUCGCACCGAGAACUAUGUCCCGGGACUGCACCUGCUCACCUUCCAGCAUCCACGCAAUCAGUCACAGCCUGACAAGGUAUCUAUCCUGCGCAGUACCUCCAUCAUCCUCAAUCCCUCUACAGAGAUGGAUGUGACACUGCAGUUUCGGGGUUUCAUUCAUCCCUUAUGGGGCGCCACUCCUGCAGCGCCACCUCAGGAAACUGUUGCCAUGUGGGCUCGAAUUCAGAAGCUCCACUUUACUGCUCAGAUGGCUUCUGGACCCAACUCCCUUCAACUGACGGAUGUGCUGGGAAGGUGGUCCGCUCAGGAGGAGAAGGAGAUCCGUAUGCUAUCUCGGCCGGAUGGUUCCCGUCUGUUCCAGAAUCUUACACGAGGAAACUGGUACCUGAUCCAGGCGGAGGGCUACCUUAAUAACUCCGCAUCAGGACAGACUAGUGAGAUGGCUCUUACCUGGAACCGCACAGCUUUACCUGGCGGCAGCGAGAUUUCUUUCCUGUUCCUGGAACCCUUCCGCUCCAAUUCGUGUUCAGAGUACCGCUCAUGUUCGGCCUGUCUGUCUGAUCAGUCGUGUGGCUGGUGUACCACCAUGAACCUGUGUUUUCUGCGCUCUGACAUCAAUCAGCAGCCCUGCAUAGACUCGCAGGGAGAAGAGCGCCACCUACUGCUCAACCCUCAGCAUUGCACACUGUGUGAGGAGUAUAGAGACUGUGCCGCUUGCACUCAGGACCCCUACUGUGAGUGGCAGAUCAACUCCAGCAAGAAGGGAGAUUAUCUGUGCAGUCGCCGUGGGAGAUUGGAGGGGUCUAUCCGGGAACCAGGAGGGUGUCCUAAAGUUUGCAACCAGAGGUUGACGUGUGGAGAAUGUUUGUCUAACUCCAGUCAGUGUGCAUGGUGUGAAUCAGCUCAGUCCUGUUUCUACUUUGCUGCGUACCUCACAAAGUUUCCCUAUGGAGAGUGCAGGGACUGGUAUGACAGUGUUCACUCUGUCCCUCAGUGUAAGCAGUGCGCUGCUCUUGCAACCUGUUCAGAGUGUCUGCAGACGUUUCAGUGUGGCUGGUGUGGAGACUACAACAACCCCACUAUCGGCAGGUGUUUGAGAGGUGACUGGGGUGGAAUGGAUGACCCCUUGGCUGUUAACUGCAGCAUGGCUGUAGCUGAAGUGAAAGCCAGCAGCCCUGAGCCUCAAACUUUAUCGCCCCCUCGGUUGAUGGAGCUUGAGAUGGAGAUGGAGUUGGAGCUGGAGCUUCUGGAAGGGAUGGAAGGAGACGGAGACGCCGUUUGGUCCUACCCAUCCUGUCCGGAUGUGGAGGAGUGUCGCUUGGGCUUGCAUACCUGCCAUCCCUCUGCUACCUGCGUCAACACCCCAACCUCCUACGAGUGUCACUGUGAGAGGGGCUUCCAAGGAGAUGGAGUUCACCACUGCAACCAGACAUGUUAUAACGAGUGCCGCCAGGGCCGGUGCAGCGGGAGUCCUCGGUUUGAGUGCGAGUGCUCUUUGGGUUGGACCUCUGAUCCAGCCACUCUGGUGCUGAGCGGAGUAGAGUGUGAUGUGGAUUGUGGAUGUAACUUUCACAGCACUUGUAUUACGGCUCCAGGGAUCUGUGACCAGUGCCAGGACUGGACAACAGGGCCGCACUGCGAGCACUGCAAGCCUGGUAGUUUUGGCUCUGCUUUGGCAGGGGGUGAAGGCUGCAUUCCCUGUCAGUGUAAUGGCCAUGGUGAUGCUCUACAAGGAUUCUGCCAUAACCAGACCGCCCAGUGCUACUGUACCCACCACACCCAAGGCCCACACUGUGAGUCUUGCCUGCCCGGAUACUAUGGAGACCCCAGGAACAAUGGCACCUGUUUCAGGCAGUGUCAAGGUCGCUCUGUUCUGCUUUCCUCUUCCUCUUCUGUACCCCUUUCCCUCUCCUCCUCUCUGGGGUGGCAUGGAGCAGUCGGUGGCCAUGGUGGGCUCUCUCAUUGCCUGUGGGUCCUCUCUGUGUCCCAGGAUUUGGCACCAUGCAUGCCAGGGCAGUCAUGCCCACCCGUGGCCCUGACCUGGCACCCAGAUUCACAUACACAGUGCACAAACUCAUAUGUUUAUGUAUUUGAUGGCUUGCCACGAUUCCUCAGCAACGGUGUUGUGCACUCUGACCACAACCUUAUUGGAGCAUUUUGCGGCACAACGAGAAUGGAGCCAGUUACUGUUGAGGCUACAUCAGGGGUGGUAUCUGUGUAUUUUGAGGCAAAUGUUACCUCAGGACGUGCUCAGGGUUUUAAUGCCUCAUUCUGGGUGAAGCGAUGUGGAAAUGGAAGUUCUGGAGAGGGUACAGCCAUCUCACUCGAGUGCCAGGCAGGAGCUCAGUGCGUAAAUGGGCUCUGUGAAUGUCCCCAUGGUUUUGGUGGUCCACAAUGUGACCGUCCUGUCUGCCCAGGGAAUUGUGGAGCAGAGGAAGGCAGAGGCAUUUGCAACAUGACCCUUGGCCUGUGUGUGUGUAUAGAAGGCUGGGCUGGAUCAGACUGUUCUUCUAUCUCAGACUCGGACAGCUUGGUUUGGGAAACACUGCUUGACACUCAGCUGUCUGUGAAUAAGGCACACAGGUUCCUCCAGAGGAUGGGUCACUCUCUGGUGUCUGGGCCACAGGGCACUCUUUGGAUGUAUGGAGGCCUCUCACUCUCAGAGGGCAUCCUGGGAAAUGUUUACAGGUAUUCCGUGGCCGAUCGUCGCUGGACUCAAAUGUUGACCAGUUCAGUAGAGGAUAAUUCAAUGCCCCUGUCCCGAUACCAUCAUGCUUCUGCUCUGGUGUAUAAUCAUGACCCAUUUUCUGGCUCCCAAGCAGCCACUCACAGUUUAAUGUUUGUGGUUGGUGGGGUCACAAAGAAAGGUGUUGCAAAUGACACAUGGUGUCUGAACCUCAGCAGUCUGGUGUGGAAGCAGUAUAAGAGCUCAGUGCUUCCCCCUGUGGCUGGACACACUCUAACUGUGCGAAGAGGCUCAUCUGUGCUGCUGAUUGGAGGUUACUCACCAGAGAAUGGCUUUAAUCAUCAUUUGCUGGAGUUUAGUCCUCAGUCUGGGAACUGGACUAUAGCUCCACACACUGGAACACCCCCUACAGGUCUUUAUGGCCACUCAGCAGUUUAUCAUGAACAGACUGAUGCUGUGUACGUGUUUGGUGGUUACCGUUUCCACGUUGAAGCUGUAGAACCUUCAGGAGAACUUUACAGUCUUUAUUACCCCAAUCUUACUUGGUCUUUACUGGUGCCCUCUCAGGGAAACAAGCCUCUCUCUCGUUUCUUCCAUGCGGCGGCUUUAGUGAAGGACACCAUGGUAAUUGUUGGAGGCAGGACAGGGGAAGAGGAUUACAGCAACACAGUUUCUCUCUAUCAGAUCAGCUGUAACACAUGGAUACAGCCAGUGUCCUCGGUGGGUGAACCUGUAAACCGUUCAGUUUCCUUGGCUAUGACUGGGUGGGGUGGUCGCCUGUUCCUGUCUGGAGGUUUUAACGGAGUGACGCUGGGGCGACUUUUGACUCUUUCCUUGCCCAGUGACCCCUGCAUCCUGCUGCCCACCCCCGAGGCCUGUAACAGCAGCACUGGUAGCUGUGUGUGGUGCAGAGGUACCUGUGCUUCAUCAGACACUGCAGAAAGAUUGGGUUGUGCGAUUGGACAGUCUACCUGUUCUCCUACUCCUCGUUCCCCUGAUCAGUGCCGCCGACUCAAGACCUGCAGCGAAUGUCUGGCCCGCCAUCCUAAAACAUUUUCCAGCCCUAUGCAGCCUGCUCUGCAGUGUAAGUGGUGCACAAACUGUCCUGAGGGAGCAUGUAUCAGCAGCUCAGUAAGUUGCACAUCGGAGCAUGACUGCAGGAUAAACCAGAGAGAGAUCUUCCUCUCUAGUAACUGCACUGAGACCAGCUGUGAGGCUUCUGACUGCCCCAAAUGCACAGCUUCUGGGAAAUGCAUGUGGACACGCCAGUUCAAACGCACAGGUGAGACCAGGCGUAUCCUGAGUGUGAACCCAACUUACGACUGGACGUGUUUCAGCUAUGCCUUGCUUAACGUGUCUCCCAUGCAAGUGGAGUCCUCUCCACCAAUGCCUUGCCCUGAACCCUGCCAUGAAAUCAAAACCUGCAGCCAGUGUUUAAGCUCCCGUGGCUCUGAUGGAGGUUGGCAGCGCUGUGUAUGGAGCAUGGCACUGCAGCAGUGUAUGAGCCCCUCCUUUGUUCCAUUGCGCUGUGAGGCGGGUCAGUGUGGCCGUUUGCUUGCGGAUGAAGAUUCCUGCUUUCCCCAGUGUUUCCAGCUCUCUCAGUGCUCCCUGUGCAUUUCCAGGCCACAGUGUGGCUGGUGUGCUGUCCGUGGUGGAAAUGGGGCAGGACACUGUAUUCAGGGAGGACUGAAUGGUGUGAGUGUAGCUUUGUGCCCACAGUGGAACAGUAGCUGGUCCUUCCUGCACUGCCCAGAGGAGGACGAGUGUGCCAAUGGACACCACCACUGUAACGUCACUCAGGACUGCCAUGAUCUGCCUGAAGGCUACCACUGCACCUGCAGACAGGGCUACGUACUCAGCAGUGUGACGGGUCAGUGUGAGCCAGUGUGCGCUCAAGGCUGUGUUAAUGGGACCUGUGUGUCCCCAGGAGUCUGUCAGUGUCACUUUGGGUUUGUUGGAGAGAACUGCUCCUCACAGUGCCGCUGUAAUAAACACAGUAACUGUAAAAGCAUCUCUCAGCUGGACACCUGUCUAGAGUGCAAGAAUAACACAAAGGGUCAGCACUGUGAAAAGUGUAAGCCCUUGUUUGUGGGCUCAGCUGUGGGAGGUGGGAUGUGUCGCCCCUGUCGUGAAUUCUGCAGAGGAAACAGUGACAUAUGUCUGUACAAAGAGGAGCAUCGGAGGGCAAUGGAAAAUCCAAAAGACUAUCCUCUGGACCGUGAGAGUAUCGAACAAUGGGCUACAGAGGGCCCUACUGAGGACAAUGCUAUGUGUGUGAGCUGUCAGAACAACAGUGUGGGGGAUAAGUGCGAGAGCUGCCUCAGUGGCUACUUCCUGCUGCAAGGGAAGUGUGAGAAAUGUCAGUGUAAUGGCCAUGCAGACACCUGUAAUGAACAUGAUGGCACUAGCUGUCCCUGCCAGAACAACACUGAAACUUCAUCCUGUCUGAGCAGCCCACAGAAUGACCGUAAAGAGUGUUACAGACAACAGUGUGCAAAGUGCAAAGAUUCAUUCAAUGGCAAUCCAGUUAAUGGGCGGCAAUGCUAUCGGCAGUUCAAUGUGGACAAUGAAUGCUGCUUCGACCCCACAUCACAGGUCAACUGCUUCCAUGAGCCUAACAUCCGCAAUCUGCUCAGGGGCCGCACAGUGUUCUUUUCGGCCCAGCCCAAGUUUACUAACGUGGAUAUCCGCGUCACCAUCGACGUUACGUUUGGAGAGGUUGAGGUCUAUGUGUCCAACUCACAUGACACCUUCAUUGUGGAGGUAGACCGCCAGACCGGUGUGCAUACCAUCAAGAUCGAGGACGAGACCACCUCUGCGACCACUUCGCGGGGAGAAAAGGAGGUUCCUCUCGCCCCACCGUCACCCAUGAAGGUGUUUGCGAACUCCUCAUCAGCAUUACUUGGCACGCUACUGUCCACAAAGUCGCAUGGGACAGAACGUGAGAUACGGGAAGAACGAACUGAAGGUCUCAUAACCUACAUCACCGUAUGGAAGCCACAGACGGUGUUGAUUGUACGCGGCGUACGGGACCGUGUGGUCAUCACCUUUCCGCACGAAGUGCACUCUCUCAAGUCCAGCCGCUUCUAUAUUGCCCUGCAUAGUGUGGGCACGGAUACCCAUAACGGAGAGUCCCAAGGCCUCCUCUUUCUACGACAGGACCAGGCCCACAUUGACCUCUUUGUCUUUUUCUCCGUCUUCUUCUCCUGCUUCUUCCUCUUCCUGUCCAUCUGUGUGCUGCUCUGGAAAGUCAAGCAGUUCUUAGACUUCCGCCGUGAGCAGCGACGCCACAUUCAAGAGAUGACCAAGAUGGCCUCUCGCCCAUUCGCUAAGCUCACCGUCUACCUAGAGCCUGAGGAGCCGCAGCUGGUUUACUUACCCUCGGCCGGAGGGGGCAGCACCGUGUCCCUGGCCCACGUCCGGACAGGCAAGCUUGGUGGCAUGGUGAUGGGUCAGAGGGGACGACCCGGGGCUCUGUCCUACAAACAUGACCCCGGCACAGGCACUGUCACUCACCACCACCACCACCACCAUCUCGCUCUGAGCGGAGGCAACAACGGGCAGCACCUUCCCCUGCACUACCUGAAUGCUCACCACUACGCACCGAGCUCUACGGCCAACCCGACCUCGCAUCACCACCACCAUCAUCCGUCCUCACACGGCAGCUACCAGCAUUUCUGCCGCUCCGACCCCUUCCUAUCCCAGCUCAUGGGAUUUUCAUACUCCUCCUUCAAAGUUGGGCCAAUCACUCUGGAGCCCACAGACGACGGGAUGGCAGGGGUGGCCACUGUGCUCAUACAGCUGCCAGGAGGCAUCCUUGCUCCCAACCGGGCUUGCUUGGGUUCGGCGCUCGUCACUUUACGGCAGAAUUUGCAGGAGUACUGUGGACACGGAGGAGCAGGAACACAUCCCGGCGCCGGGGGUGGCCGAAAAGGCUUGAUGGGCCAUCAGCAUCUAACCACCAUGGCUAUGUGAAGAGAACAUAUGGAAUUGAGUAGGAAAAAGUGACUGAAAAGGAAAAAACAAUCAAGAGAGUUUUAAUGAGAGAGAACAGGAAGGAAAAAGGAAGUUGCAGAGAUGUUAAAGGGGAUAGUCCACUGAAAAAAUUAAAAUUGUGAUCAUUUACACACCCUCAUGUCGUUCCAAACAUGUAUGACUUUCUUC